CACUGCUGCUUCCCAGUGGCUGGCUGCCACAGGCUGAGCCACCAGCUGUGCUAUAUAAGGCCCACGCUGGACUGCGGGAGAGGCGAAGACUUGGACCCCCGCUAAGGAGUCCUGCUCAGGACACGGUCAUUGGAUCUGAGAAGAUUUCCAGGGAACCACAUUCCUAAGACAAGCUGACUCUGAAACACCCUCGCCCAUCUCCUGCCACAUUCUCACAAGGCCUGGGGAAAAGAAUGGUGGGAACAAAGGCCUGGGUGUUCUCCUUGCUGGUCCUGGAAGUCACCUCUGUGUUGGGGAGGCAGACGAUGCUGACUCAGUCAGUGAGAAGAGUCCAAACUGGGAAGAGGACCCCCAGCACCUUUUCUAAGCCUGCUGAUCCCCUGGAGAGUCCAGGUGAGUGGACAACAUGGUUCAACAUUGACCACCCCGGCGGACAGGGUGACUAUGAGCGGCUGGAUGCCAUUCGCUUCUAUUAUGGAGAUCGUAUGUGUGCCCGUCCCCUGAAGCUAGAAGCUCGGACCACUGACUGGAUACCUGCGGGCAGCACUGGCCAGGUGGUCCAUGGUAGUCCCCGUGAGGGCUUCUGGUGCCUUAACAGAGAGCAGCGUCCUGGCCAGAACUGUUCAAAUUACACUGUGCGCUUCCUUUGCCCACCAGGGUCCCUGCGCCAAGACACAGAGCGCAUCUGGAGCCCUUGGUCACCCUGGAGCAAGUGCUCAGCUCCCUGUGGUCACACUGGGGUCCAGACUCGCACACGCACCUGCUUGGCAGAGUCGGUGUCACUAUGUGAUGAGGCUACUGAAGAGGGCCAGCUCUGUGUGAGCCAGGCCUGUCCAGCCUGUGACCUGACCUGCUCCAUGGGCCAGGUGAAUGCUGACUGUGAUGCCUGCAUGUGUCAGGACUUCAUGCUUCAUGGGGCUGUCUCCCUUCCUGGGGGUGCCCCAGCCUCAGGGGCCACUGUCUACCUGCUGACCAAGACGCCUAAGAUGCUGACCAAGACAGACAGCCAGGGGAGGUUUCAAGUCCCUGGCUUGUGCCCUGAUGGUAAAAGCACCCUGAAGAUCACGAAGACCAAGUUUGCCCCUAUUUUGCUCACAAUACCCAAGAGUCAUCUGAAGACAGCCACCAUCAAUGCAGAGUUCAUGAGAGCAGAGACUCCGUACAUCGUGACGAACCCAGAGACAAAAGCACGGAGAGUUGGGCAGAGCGUGUCCCUGUGCUGUAAGGCCACAGGCAAGCCCAGUCCCGACAAGUACUUCUGGUACCACAAUGACACAUUGCUGGAUCCCUCCCUCUACAAGCAUGAGAGCAAGCUGGUGCUGAAGAACCUGCAGCAGGACCAGGCUGGAGACUACUUUUGCAAGGCACAGAGUGAUGCUGGGGCUGUAAAGUCCCAGGUUGCCCAGCUGACUGUCAUAGCACUUGAUGAGAGUCCCUGCAACCCAACCCCUGAGAGCUACCUUAUCCGGCUUCCCCAUGACUGCUUCCAGAAUGCCACCAACUCCUUCUACUAUGAUGUGGGCCACUGCCCGGUCAAGACCUGUGCAGGGCAGCAGGAUAAUGGGAUCAGGUGCCGGGAUGCUGUGGAGAACUGCUGUGGCAUCUCCAAAACUGAGGAGAGGGAGAUCCAGUGCAGUGGAUAUACGCUGCCCACCAAAGUGGCCACGGAGUGCAGCUGCCAGCGGUGUACAGAGACCCGGAGCAUUGUGCGGGGACGUGUCAGUGCUGCUGACAACGGGGAGCCCAUGCGCUUUGGCCAUGUGUACAUGGGGAACAGCCGUGUGAGCAUGACUGGUUACAAGGGCACUUUCACCCUCCAUGUCCCCCAGGACACUGAGAGGCUGGUGCUCACAUUUGUGGACAGGCUGCAGAAAUUUGUCAACACUACCAAAGUGCUGCCCUUCAACAGGAAGGGGAGUGCUGUGUUCCAUGAGAUCAAGAUGCUCCGCCGGAAAGAGCCCAUCACUCUGGAAGCCAUGGAGACCAAUAUCAUCCCUCUUGGGGAGGUGGUUGGAGAAGACCCUGUGGCGGAACUGGAGAUCCCAGCCCAGAGUUUUUACAGGCAGAAUGGAGAGCCCUACAUGGGAAAAGUGAAGGCCAGUGUGACCUUCCUGGAUCCCCGGAAUAUUUCCACAGCCACAGCUACCCAGAGUGACCUGAACUUCAUCAAUGAUGAAGGAGACACCUUCCCUCUUCGGACAUAUGGCAUGUUCUCUGUGGACUUCACAGAUGAGGCCAACUCAGAGCCACUUAAUGCUGGCAAGGUGAAGGUCCACCUUGACUCGACCCAGGUCAAGAUGCCAGAGCAUGUGCCCACAAUGAAACUCUGGUCCCUCAACCCAGACACAGGGCUGUGGGAGGAAGAAGGCGAUUUCAAAUUUGAAAGCCAAAGGAGGAACAAAAGGGAAGAAAGAACCUUCCUGGUGGGCAACAUGGAGAUCCGUGAGAGGAGGCUCUUUAACCUGGAUGUCCCUGAAAGCAGGAGGUGCUACAUCAAGGUGAGGGCCUACCGGAGCGAGAGGUUCUUGCCCAGUGAGCAAAUCCAAGGGGUUGUAGUCUCUGUGAUCAAUCUGGAGCCCAGAACUGGCUUCUCAUCCAACCCGAGGGCCUGGGGUCGCUUUGACAGUGUCAUCACAGGCCCCAAUGGGGCCUGUCUGCCUGCCUUCUGUGAUGACCAGUCCCCUGAUGCCUACUCUGCCUAUGUCUUGGCAAGCCUGGCAGGGGAGGAACUGGAAGCAGUGGAGUCUGCUCCUAAAUUCAACCCAAAUGCCAUUGGUGUCCCUCAGCCCUACCUCAAUAAGCUCAAGUACCGUCGGACAGAUCAUGAGGACCCACGGGUCAAAAAGACAGCUUUCCAGAUCAGCAUGGCCAAGCCAAGGCCCAACUCAGCUGAGGAGAGCAAUGGGCCUAUCUAUGCCUUCGAGAACCUCCGGGCAUGUGAGGAGGCCCCACCCAGUGCAGCCCACUUUCGGUUCUACCAGAUUGAGGGGGAUCACUAUGACUACAACACAGUUCCCUUCAAUGAAGAUGACCCUAUGAGCUGGACUGAAGACUACCUGGCAUGGUGGCCCAAGCCAAUGGAGUUCAGGGCAUGCUACAUCAAGGUAAAGAUCGUGGGGCCAGUGGAGGUGAAUGUGCGAUCGCGCAACAUGGGGGGCACUCACCGGCGGACCGUGGGGAAGCUGUACGGAAUCCGAGACGUGAGGAGUACUCGGGACAGGGACCAGCCCAAUGUCUCAUCUGCUUGUCUGGAGUUCAAGUGCAGUGGGAUGCUCUAUGACCAGGACCGUGUGGACCGCACACUGGUGAAGAUCAUCCCCCAGGGCAGCUGCCAUCGAGCUAGUGUAAACUCCAUGCUACAUGAGUACCUGGUCAACCACCUACCCUUGGCAGUCAACAAUGAUACUAGUGAGUACACCAUGCUGGCACCCCUGGACCCACUGGGACACAACUAUGGCAUCUAUACUGUCACGGACCAGGACCCUCGCGUGGCCAAGGAGAUUGCACUUGGCAGGUGCUUUGAUGGCACAUCGGAUGGCUCCUCCAGAAUCAUGAAGAGCAACGUGGGAGUGGCUCUCACCUUUAACUGUGCAGAGAGGCAAGUGGGCCGUCAGAGUGCUUUCCAGUACCUCCAAAGCACCCCGGCCCGGUUGCCUGCUGCAGGCACUGUGCAAGGAAGGGUGCCCUCAAGGAGGCAACAGCGGGCAAGUAGGGAAGGCCAGCGCCGGCGCGCAGGGGUGGCCUCUCUGAGGAUUCCUGGAGAUGCUCAACAGCCUCUGAGCAACUAAGUCUUGUGGUUCUUCAUACUUUACUCCCCCCACCUCACGUGACAGCCAUUGUGAGACUGAUGCACAAACUGUCACUCAGUUAAUUUAAACACAUCUGUUUUGGUGCAAUUUGCUUGUUUGUUUCUUCAUGCCUUUACUUAUUGUCUUUGUCCCAUGACACUGAUUGGCACAUAGCCCCCAAAAUGACAAAUAAAGCCUCUGUGUGCUAUGUGACAUCUUGACAUCUGCCAUGGGAAACACAAGAAAUUGGCCACUGGUAAAACCCUGUAUCUUUGACUGUUCUUCAUUGAGUGCCAUUAAUGCAAGUGUACUUCCUUUUCUUUUAGCGUGUUUUGCUCAUCUCUGCAAUAAUGAUAAUCUGAUGCUGAAGAUCAAAUAACCAAUAUAAAGCAUAUUUCUUGGCCAUGCUCUGCAAGAUGUAAGCAAGGCCUCCUUCACAAUUCAUACAUAUAGGUGGCGGUGAAAUAAAGAAAUAAACUACAGUGUUUUUACUUGAAA